GAGUUGCUUCUCCCAUCCUCAGUCUCAGUCUGCAGGGUUCUCCAACCUCGGUCCUCCACCCUUGUCCUCAGUCCUCCAGCCUCGAUCCUUCAGCCUGAGUUUCGAAGCUUCUCAGCAGCAUCAGCUGGCCAUGGCACUCUCACAUAAAGAAUUCAACAAUGCAGGGAAGAUGACUGGCCUGCAGAUUUGGAGGAUUGAGAAUCUGGAACUGGUCCCUGUGCCUCAGAACCUGCAUGGAAACUUUUACACUGGAGAUGCUUAUGUGGUUCUCUACACUCUGAAACAAAGAGAAAACUACUUUUACCACCUGCACUACUGGCUGGGAGAGGAGUGCAGCCAGGAUGAGAGCACAGCCGCCGCCAUCUUUACUGUGCAGCUGGACGACCACCUGGGUGGAAAACCGGUCCAGUACAGAGAACUGCAGGGCUCCGAGUCCACAGACUUCACCAGAUACUUCAAGGAUGGACUCACUUACAAAACUGGUGGUGUGGCCUCGGGUUUUCAUCAUGUGGUCAUCAACGACCUGUCGGCCCAGAGGCUGCUCCACAUCAAGGGUCGGCGUGUUGUCAGAGGCACCCAGGUCCCUCUGAGCUGGUCCAGCUUCAACAGUGGAGACUGCUUCAUCGUCGACCUCGGAGACAAGAUCUACAUGUGGUGCGGGUCCAAGUGUAACAAAUUUGAACAACUGAAAGCAACACAAAUGGCCAAAGGUAUCCGUGACAAUGAGAGGAAUGGCCGUGCCGAGCUGGUGGUGGUAGAAGAAGGACGAGAGCCAACCAGGCUGAUUGAAGUCCUUGGAGAGAAGCCAGAGCUGUCAGAAGGAGACGAUGAUGAUGACACCCAGGCCGACAUCCUCAACAGGAAAAGUGCGAGGCUAUACAUGGUAUCUGAUGCAUCAGGAACGAUGGCCGUGACUGUUGUGAAGGAGGAAAACCCGUUCCUACAGAGCGAGCUUCUGUCCGAUGAGUGCUUCAUCCUCGAUCAUGGCAAAAACAAGAUAAUAUUUGUUUGGAAAGGCCAAAACGCUAAUUCCAGGGAAAGAAAGGAAGCAAUGAAAACAGCCGAGGGCUUCAUCAAGCAGAUGGGCUACCCAGCAAACACACAGAUACAGGUGCUGCCACAGGGAGGAGAAACCCCCAUGUUCAAGCAGUUCUUCCUGGACUGGAAAGACAAAGACCAGAGCCUGGGUUUUGGGAAGGUUUGUGUGACUGGGAGGAUUGCCAAGAUUGAGCAAGUGGACUUCGAUGCCUCCAAACUCCACGAGUCCUGUCACAUGGCAGCUCAGUACAACAUGGCGGAUGAUGGGAGCGGAGACACUCAGAUCUGGAGGGUGGAGAGCAGUGGCAGAGUCCCUGUGGACCAGAAGAGUUAUGGUCAGUUCUACGGUGGAGACUGUUACAUCAUCCUGUACACCUACGGGUCGAGACAGAUCAUCUACACCUGGCAGGGAUCCAGCUGCACCAUGGAUGAACUGACAGCUUCAGCAUUCCUGACGGUAGAACUGGACCGGUCGCUGGGUGGGAGUGCUGUACAGGUUAGAGUGAGUCAAGGAAAAGAGCCCCUACAUCUGCUCAGCCUCUUCAAAUCUAAACCCCUCAUUAUUUUUAAAAGUGGGACAUCUAAUCUUGGAGGCCAAGCCCCAACACCUCCAACUCAACUCUUUCAGGUUCGACGGAACCUGGGGACUAUCACCAGGAUCGCUGAGGUCGAUGCCAACGCAGCCAGUCUAAACUCUAACGAUGCCUUCCUCCUGAAGAUGGCUGAUGAGCAGGGCUUUCUAUGGGUGGGCAAAGGCGCAAGUGAGGAAGAGGAAAAAGGCGCGGAGUACAUCAGUAAAGUGCUAAACUGUGCUGCCAACCGCAUAGUGGAAGGCCAAGAGCCAGCUAAUUUCUGGACUGCGUUAGGAGGAAAGACGGAGUACCAGACAUCAGGAAGGCUGGAAAGUCAAACUUUAACACACCCCCCUCGAUUGUUUGGAUGCUCCAACAAAACUGGCAGGUUUAUUAUUGAAGAGGUUCCAGGCGAGUUCACCCAGGAUGACCUGGCUGAAGACGACGUUAUGCUCCUGGAUGUGUGGGAUCAGGUGUUUGUCUGGAUGGGAAAGGAUGCCAACGAGGUGGAGAAGACCGAAUCUAUAAAAUCUGCCAAACAGUACAUAGAGACCGACCCCGGUGGGCGGGACCAGCGGACCCCUCUGGUGGUGGUGAAACAAGGUCAUGAGCCCCCCACCUUCACCGGCUGGUUCCUGGCCUGGGACCCCUCCCACUGGGACUCCAUCAGCAGGGGGAUCCAGUCUCUGACUGUUUAAACCACACAUUUUCAAAUAACACACACAUUUUCAAAUAACACACACAUUUUCAAAUAACACGCACAUUUUCAAAUAACACACACAUUUUCAAAUAACACACACAUUUUCAAAUAA